AUGUCUAGGGACGCUUCCUCCUACGGUUGUCCACGCGACGUUGCGGAAGUCUGCGAACUCCGACCAAUGGGAGACGAGCAAGGUGGAAAUGACGUAGGUCAGGUUAAGAAUUUAGUUGGCCAAGAAAGCCCUAAAGUUGAUUUCGCUCAUCAGUUGAUCUCCUCCCCCCUCAUCCAUCAUUUUGAGACAUUUCUCACCGGAAACAUCCAUCGCCAGAGAUUGAUCGUGAAGCUAGGCCUCUUGAAUAUCACAGAUUUGAGUUUUGAGUUAGUGAAACCUCUUUUGCGGAGACGUUUAGAACAGCCGAGAAUUCGUGCUCCCUUGCGUAUGCAAAUAGAAGAAUUUCUCACGUACGAUGAGAUUCCCGAAGUUGAAGAUCCUCGUGAUUUCAUCGCUGAUAAUAAAUUAGCAAAGCACACGCGAUGUGAAUAUUAUCAUCAUUCUUUUGAUCGAAAAACGUGGUACAAAUGUCUGCGUUGUAAUAGAGCCAUGUCUCAUGAACACACAGCGAAACUGUGUCAAUAUUGCGUACACUGA